CUAGGAACUUGAACACUUGAAACUUCAAAACUUGCAUCAAUCGAGAAGAACCCCACUGCAAGCAACAGACUAGUAGGUAACGCAAGCAACUGAAUGUCAGAGAUGUACAGAUGUACAGUACCAGUACUCCAUCCAGCCCUAAUCAUCAUUAACUCCACGGCCGUUUCGUUCAAGAGAAAUCCACCCACAGAACACAGAGCACAGCAGCAGGCAUAUAAUCGAUGAACCCCCCGGACAGAAACCCACCCGCAGAACACAGCACAGCUUCUAAUCGACGAAUCCGCACAACACAAAGAGCAUAGGUACCUAGAUGUCAGGUGCCGUAUAGUAGUUGCUAGACUUUCCCAGUGCACCAACCCAAACCAAAAAGCCUCCGAGUUACCCGGCGUGGAACAAACAAGCUUGGAAGGUAAGAACCAUACAGAUGUUGGGUGCCAUAACAGACCCCAACAACGCAACACGUCACAUCACAACAGACCGGACACACCAGGACAGGACGUAAAUACGAGGUACCACACAGCUAUGUUGAUUGACAAUAAGGUAACUUUUGUCGAUUCGAUCCGAUUCAUCAAUAGACGAAACGACAAGGAACCGGGCGGUGUGAGGUGACGCCCUCACAGCUCCUGCAGUGCAAAGACAUUCUGAUCACCCACGGAGGCGGGACUGCCGGGGACCGAGUUUGGGUCUGGCUUUUCAUUCUCGUCUUUGGCGCUCUCGCUCUCCCAGAUUUCAAUUUCUGCACCGGCAUUGGUCUCUGCCAUUUGUUUCGAGGUAGCGGCCUUGAAAUCGAACUUGUUCGAACCGAUGGCACCGAGGAUUUCAUUAAUGGAUGGAACUUGAAGACUUUCAAUGACUUUGGCGGUUGAAGAGAGUGAAACACCGUUCUUUGCGACCGAGUCUACCUUCUCAGAUUCAACUUCAGCUUCAGCUUCGGUGGCUUGUUGAGGAGUAUCGUCAUGGACAAGGACGACACUUGUUGCGUCGAGGCCUUCGGCAUAGUACUUGGCAGGGUUGAGGUCAGCCAGAGGUUUACGCUCGUCUUGCGAGUCGUCCGUGAUGAGUGAGUCGGUGGCAGCAGCCACAGCAGCAGCAGCAGCCAUUGAUCGUGUCAUGGGAGCAGAAGGCAGCUCAUUCGGAUCGACGUUCUCUUUGCCUCUGUCCAAUGAUUUUGCAGCUUUGCUCUUGCUCUCGUCGUCGCUGAUGUCUAGCCCUGUCGCGCUCUGUGUCAUGGUCCAUUCGUUCAUGCGGUAUUCUUGCGUUUCUUGGCUUUCUUCAAAAAUGUCGAAGAACCAUGAUGACGGCUUGGAUUCUUCGAUCGUCUUGGUCGUGGGGGCUCGUGCUCGUGCUCGAGAUUGUGUUCGUAUUUGUGUUUGGAUCUGGGUCUUGCGGGCCUGGGAUUGAAGUCUGGACUUUUUGGUGCCGUUUAGUGCUGCUGAGAUGGAUAGGGCCGGGGAUUGGUGGGUGCUGUGAGCGAAAGCGGGUGGGUUGAAUCGUUUUCGAGUCUGCAGAAGGCCCGAAGAGGAUCGUUUCCGCGUCGGCGAACGCCCUGCUGCUGGGGCUGUUGCUGGUGUGCUCUUUGUGAUGAAAGUGUCGAGACGUGGUGUGGUUGGGACGCCGGUAUCCAAUCGACAUUUGGUAGAAGGGGCAGCCGCAUUGACGUUCAAGCUGAACCGUUGGGCUUUGGCGACCGAGACGUCGUCGUCAAAGGCCGCUCGCUUGCGUUUGUUCAUUGAGUGGAGGAUGUUUGGGUCAAUGUUCUCGCUGUCGGACCCGCCCUCCGGGGAUUCGGCGCGUCGUUUGAGGCAAGGUGCCGAAUUGGGAGUGAUUGCUGGAUCGAUGAGUCAUGUUAGGUGGUGGACUUGGGAAAGAAACAAGGUAUGCUAUCUUUGAGAACGAGGUCGGCUGGGUCUGGGUCUUUACCAUUUUGUCUGUUCUUCAUGCUUUGCAGGCUUCGAAUCUUGGAAUCAUUGAGCACGCCGAAGGGCUGCCGAGCAGGUGUACUGAUGGGAGCUAGAGCUGCCAUUGUGUUGGAUUGAUGGUUGAUAUCGUGGAAUAGGUUUCUGGUCGGUUUUCAAGGCCUGGGUGUUGGUGUUGGUGUGCUACAGAAGUGGUUGAGAGGCACGACGCGAAAAGGUAAGGUGAACCUUUGACCACAAACAGGUGCGUGGCUCAACAGUGAAUGCUGUGUAUCCAGGCAACAGAAAGGUGCUUGAGUGACUGAGCCUGCGUUAAGCAAUGCCGUUGAGUGAAUGGAGGGCGGAGGUACUCUACCAGGAGACUCGAGGAGAAGGAGGAAGUUUGCCAACAAAAGAAGUGGGCAGCUCCCGAGAGUAUAUGGUGACGGGCGUCCUUGUGGGGUCCAAUGGCCAACUUGAUGACCUUCAGCACCGGGAGGACGUUCGCUCUGGACGCGGAGUCUGUGCUGGACGCGAGAUCCCUGGCGGGAGGGUGACAGACCCAAUGGGAUUGCUUGAUGAGGAGGGCGGAUAUGCAGGUCAGAGCACCGCCUACGAACGGCUUCGAGUUCUGAAUCACGUUGAAGCCGGCUCAGACAGAGGCAGCACUCGGGCUGCUGGAAUGGUCUUGUUUGGGGCGCUGCGAAGCGUUGCAAGUCUCUAUUAGACGUUUGCUGUCUGGGAGGCAGAGUUCACUGUGGACAAUUGAAACAUGAGAUGCAGUGGUCGGAUGGAUUCGCGCUUCCAACAGCUCAAGGAAGACGGAGAAACCGACGUUGAAUCAAGACGCGCAUUGAGACGCGUCAAGUGGAGUUGGCACAAGCACAGACGCGUCGGGAAAUGAACUGACGCGCAUCCCACGCGUAAAGUGGUAAAGGAGACUCAACCUAUUAUACUCUCCAUGAAUUGCUCACAGAAGAGCACCUUACUUGAUCAUUCCUAGUGCUGAUUGCAAUUCAAGCCCAUCUCGC